UAAUUUAAUAAAAAUUGAUUCUGGAGGUUUUGGGAAAGUAUAUAAAGCAAACUAUGGUGCAAAGAUGUUUGUUGCUUUGAAAUCUUACCUAGAUGACUCUAAUAUGAAGGAGAUUGUAAAUGAGGAGGUGGUAAAUCAGCAAAAUUACGGAAUCAGAGAAAGAAUUGUUGAAGGAACACCAAUAGGCUAUUCAAAAAUUUUUCAGCAAUGCUGGCAAACUGAUCCUAAUCUUCGACCCACUAUGGACCAAGUAUAUGAUGCAUUAAAGAAUGUCGACCUGAAUUCGCCUGUUCAUACUGAUCAAACCCCACAGACUCCAGUGUGCAUAAAUUCAGCGAAUAAUAUAAAUUUAGAAAUUUGUAUUGAUGAUUUUCACAACAACAUUUUGCGACAAAAUGAUAAUAUUACUCAACGAUAUGAAUCAUGGGAUUUUGAAGCAAAUAAAUUGUGGGAUACUUUAGUCGAUUUAACAAAUGUUGGAAGAGAUUUUGCUCAAAUUUCAAAAAUGAUAAUUGAACGUGAGAAAGAAAGUAUAAAAUAUAUAUUUGAUUGGCUUGAACAUCAAAACGAAAAAAAGGAACUUGAUUCAAAUUUAAAAUGCCUUUAUGGAUUUUUUUAUUUUAUGGGAAUUAGCACGAAAAAAAACCAUGAGACCGCAUACAAAUUAUUUAAAGAAGCUGCGAAAACUAACGCAACAGCAGUUUUUUAUCUUGGUGAGUGCUUUAGAUGCGGAUAUUACGUCGAAAAAAGUCUAGAAAAGGCUAUAGAAUUUUAUAAAAAAUCAGAAGACGAAUGUGAAAGAUCUAUUGAUGCUUUAGGAUUUUGUUAUUUGAACGGAAUCGGUGGUGCUGUCGUUUGUUUUAAUUCACUCAACCGUGUAACGUAUAUAAUUAUAGAUCUAUUAAAUCAAUAUGAAGAUCGGAAACAGAGAACGAUUGAAAUAUUCUUUCCUAUUUGGUUUAAUUGA